GGUCCACUCCCACUUAAGCCAGUGCACGCCUCGCCGGGUCGAAUCUGGGCCUCCGGGGGACCCGCGCGAGGCGGAGUCUCGGGGACGCUCCCCGCUGGUCUCCGGGUGCUGGCGCCACCUCCCCUCCCUUUGCCCUUCACCGCGCCCUGCCCUCCCUGGGCUGCGGCGUUUGUCCACGGCUGGGCAGCCGGCCUGUCCCCUUUUGCUUGCCUUCCCGUGCCCUCCCCCGAAUAGCGCCAGACCCGGGGUUUCCCAGAUGCCGCCUGUAUAACUUGCUCACCGGGUAACUCAUUUGAUUUUGGAGUUCCUUUAAUUCUUCUGAAAGAUUUCAAAGCCUCCAGAAUCCAAAAUGGGACACGGUAAACAGAUUAGAAUUUUACUACUAAACGAAAUGGAAAAGCUGGAAAAGACCCUCUUCAGACUUGAACAAGGGUUCGAACUACAGUUCCGAUUAGGCCCAACUUUGCAGGGUAAAGCAGUUACUGUGUAUACAAACUACCCAUUUCCUGGAGAAACAUUUAAUAGAGAAAAAUUCCGUUCCUUGGAUUGGGAAAAUCCGACAGAAAGAGAAGAUGAUUCUGAUAAAUAUUGUAAACUUAAUCUGCAACAAUCGGGAUCAUUUCAGUAUUACUUCCUUCAAGGAAAUGAGAAAAGUGGUGGAGGUUACAUAGUUGUGGACCCUGUUUUACGUGUUGGCAGUGAUGAUCACGUGUUACCCUUGGACUGUGUUACUCUCCAGACAUUCUUAGCCAAGGGUUUAGGACCUUUGGAUGAAUGGGAAGACAGACUGAGGGUUGCAAAAGAGUCAGGUUACAACAUGAUUCAUUUCACCCCACUGCAGACACUUGGACUAUCUAGGUCGUGCUACUCCCUUGCUGAUCAGUUAGAAUUAAAUCCUGAUUUCUCAAGACCUAUUAAAAAGUAUACAUGGCAUGAUGUUGGACAGGUCGUGGAAAAACUGAAAAAAGAAUGGAAUAUUCUUUGUAUUACAGAUGUUGUCUACAAUCAUACUGCUGCUAAUAGUAAAUGGAUCCAGGAACAUCCAGAAUCUGCAUAUAAUCUUGUGAAUUCUCCACACUUAAAACCUGCCUGGGUCUUAGACAGAGCACUCUGGCAUUUUUCCUGUGAUGUUGCAGAAGGAAAAUACAAAGAAAAAGGAAUACCUGCUUUGAUUGAAAAUGAUCAACACAUGAAUUGUAUUCGAAAAAUAAUUUGGGAGGAUAUUUUUCCAAAGAUCCAACUCUGGGAAUUUUUCCAAGUAGAUGUUCACAAAGCAGUUGAACAAUUUAGAAGACUUCUAACACAAGGAAAUAGGAGAGUAACCAAGUCUGAUCCGAAGCAGCAUCUGAAGAUUAUUCAGGAUCCUGAAUACAGACGGCUUGGCUGCACUGUGGAUAUGAACAUUGCACUAGCGACUUUUAUACCGCAUGACGAUGGGCCAGCUGCGAUUGAAGAGUGCUGUAAUUGGUUCCGUAAUAGAAUUGAUGAAUUGAAUUCAGAGAAGCAUCAACUCAUGAAUUACCAUCAGGAACAGGCAGUUAAUUGCCUUUUGGGAAAUGUGUUUUAUGAACGACUGGCUGGCCAUGGUCCUAAACUAGGACCUGUCACUAGAAGAUAUCCUUUAGUUACCAGGUAUUUUACUUUCCCAUUUGAAGAAAUGGCCUUAUCUGCAGAAGAAUCUAUGAUUCACCUUCCAAAUAAAGCUUGUUUUUUCAUGGCACAUAAUGGAUGGGUGAUGGGAGAUGAUCCUCUUCGAAACUUUGCUGAACCAGGUUCAGAUGUUUAUUUAAGAAGAGAACUGAUUUGUUGGGGAGACAGUGUUAAAUUACGCUAUGGAAAUAAACCAGAGGACUGCCCUUAUCUCUGGGCACAUAUGAAAAAAUAUACCGAAAUAACUGCAACUUAUUUCCAGGGAGUGCGUCUUGAUAACUGCCACUCAACACCUCUUCAUGUAGCUGAGUACAUGUUGGAUGCUGCUAGGAAAUUACAACCCAAUUUAUAUGUAGUAGCUGAACUGUUCACGGGAAACGAAGAACUGGACAAUAUCUUUGUUACUAGACUGGGCAUUAGUUCCUUAAUAAGAGAGGCAAUGAGUGCAUAUAAUAGUCAUGAAGAGGGCAGGUUAGUUUACCGAUAUGGAGGCGAACCUGUCGGAUCUUUUGUUCAGCCCUGCUUGAGACCCUUAAUGCCGGCUAUUGCACAUGCUCUGUUUAUGGAUAUUACCCAUGAUAACGAGUGUCCUAUUGUGCAUAGAUCAGCCUAUGAUGCUCUCCCAAGUACCACAAUUGUUUCUAUGGCAUGUUGUGCUAGUGGAAGUACACGAGGCUAUGAUGAACUAGUACCUCAUCAGAUAUCAGUGGUUUCUGAAGAACGGUUUUAUACUAAGUGGAAUCCUGGAGCAUCCCCAUCAAAUACCGGUGAUGUCAAUUUCCAAAGUGGAAUUAUUGCAGCCAGGUGUGCUAUCAAUAAACUUCAUCAAGAGCUUGGAGCCAAGGGCUUUAUUCAGGUGUAUGUGGAUCAGGUUGAUGAAGAUAUAGUGGCCGUAACCAGACAUUCACCCAGUAUCCAUCAGUCUGUUGUGGCUGUAUCUAGAACUGCUUUCAGGAAUCCCAAAACUUCAUUUUACAGCAAGGAAGUGCCUCAAAUGUGUAUCCCCGGCAAAAUUGAAGAAGUAGUUCUUGAAGCUAGAACUAUUGAGAGAAAUACAAAACCUUAUAAGAAGGAUGAGAAUUCAAUCAAUGGGUUACCAAAUAUCACAGUAGAAAUUAGAGAACAUAUUCAGCUUAAUGAAAGUAAAAUUGUUAAACAAGCUGGAGUUGCCACAAAAGGGCCCAAUGAAUAUAUUCAAGAAAUAGAAUUUGAAAACUUGUCUCCAGGAAGUGUUAUAAUAUUCAGAGUUAGUCUUGAUCCACAUGCACAAGUUGCUGUUGGAAUUCUUCGAAAUCAUCUGACACAGUUCAGUCCUCACUUUAAAUCUGGGAGCCUUGUUGUUGACAACGCAGAUCCUAUAUUAAAAAUCCCCUUUGCUUCUAUUGCCUCUAAAUUAACUUUGACUGAGCUAAAUCAGAUACUUUACCGAUGUGAAUCAGAAGAACAGGAAGAUGGUGGAGGUUGCUAUGACAUACCAAACUGGUCUUCCCUUAAAUAUGCAGGUCUUCAAGGGCUAAUGUCCGUAUUGGCAGAAAUAAGACCAAAGAAUGACUUGGGGCAUCCUUUCUGUGAAAAUUUGAGAUCUGGAGAUUGGAUGAUCGAUUAUGUCAGUGGCCGGCUUAUUUCACGUUCAGGAAAUAUUGCUGAAGUUGGUAAAUGGUUUCAGGCUAUGUUCUUCUACUUGAAGCAGAUCCCACGAUACCUUAUCCCAUGUUACUUUGAUGCUAUAUUAAUUGGUGCAUACACCACUCUUCUGGAUGCAGCAUGGAAGCAGAUGUCAAGCUUUGUUCAGAAUGGUUCAACCUUUGUGAAACACCUUUCACUGGGUUCAGUCCAAAUGUGUGGAGUAGGAAAAUUCCCUUCUCUGCCACUUCUUUCACCUUCCCUUCUGGAUGUACCGUAUAGGUUGAAUGAGAUCACAAAGGAAAAGCAGCAGUGUUGUGCUUCUUUAGCUGCAGGCUUACCUCAUUUUUCUUCUGGUCUUUUCCGCUGCUGGGGAAGGGAUACUUUUAUUGCUCUUAAAGGUUUACUGCUGGUUACUGGACGAUAUUUAGAAGCCAGGAAUAUUAUUUUAGCGUUUGCUGGUACCCUGAGGCAUGGUCUCAUUCCUAAUCUCCUCGGUGAAGGAACUUAUGCCAGAUACAAUUGCCGGGAUGCUGUGUGGUGGUGGCUCCAGUGUAUUCAGGAUUACUGUAAAAUGGUUCCAAAUGGUGUAGACAUUCUCAAGUGCCCAGUUUCCAGAAUGUAUCCAACAGAUGAUUCUGCUCCUUUGCCUGCUGGCACACUGGAUCAGCCAUUGUUUGAAGUAAUACAGGAAGCCAUGCAAAGACACAUGCAAGGCAUACAGUUCCGAGAAAGGAAUGCUGGACCACAGAUAGAUCGAAACAUGAAGGACGAAGGUUUUAAUAUGACUGCAGGGGUUGAUGACAAAACAGGAUUUAUUUAUGGAGGAAAUCGCUUAAAUUGUGGCACAUGGAUGGAUAAAAUGGGAGAAAGUGACAGAGCUAGAAACCGAGGAAUCCCAGCCACUCCAAGAGAUGGGUCUGCUGUGGAAAUUGUGGGCUUGUGUAAAUCUGCCGUUCGUUGGUUGCUGGAAUUAUCCAAAAAAAAUAUUUUUCCUUAUCAUGAAGUUAGAGUAAAAAGACAUGGGAAAGUUGUAACAGUCUCAUAUGAAGAAUGGAACAGAAAAAUACAAGACAACUUUGAAAAACUGUUUCAUGUUUCAGAAGAUCCUUCUGAUUCUAAUGAGAAGCAUCCAAAUCUAGUUCACAAACGUGGCAUAUACAAAGACAGUUAUGGAGCUUCAAGUCCUUGGUGUGACUACCAGCUAAGGCCUAAUUUUACCAUAGCAAUGGUCGUGGCCCCUGAGCUAUUUACUACAGAAAAAGCAUGGAGAGCAUUGGAGAUCGCAGAAAGAAAAUUACUUGGUCCCCUUGGCAUGAAAACUUUAGAUCCAGAUGAUAUGGUUUACUGUGGAAUAUAUGACAAUGCCUUAGACAAUGACAACUACAAUGUUGCUAGAGGUUUCAAUUAUCACCAAGGACCUGAAUGGCUAUGGCCUGUUGGAUAUUUUCUUCGUGCAAAGUUAUAUUUUUCCAAAUUGAUGGGUCCGGAGUGUAGUGCAAAGACAAUGUUUUUGGUUAAAAACGUUCUUUCUCGACAUUAUGUUCAUCUUGAGAGAUCCCCUUGGAAAGGACUUCCAGAACUGACCAAUGAGAAUGGCCAGUAUUGUCCUUUCAGCUGUGAGACACAAGCCUGGUCAAUUGCUGUUAUUCUUGAAACACUUUAUGAUUUAUAGUUGGUUCAGAUAUAUUUAAUAAAUAUACAACUUCAUUAUGCAAUGCAAGAUCAUAAUGCAAAUGCCUAUGUAUACAAAUUCAAGUUUUUAAAAAAAUCUUUCAUAUAAUAUUGAUGCCCAAUUGGGUAAGAUUAUAAAAGCAUUGAUUUAUCUUUUUCUUUUUAAUGUAUGAAGAUAGCUUUCAGUUUGAAUAAGAGAAAAAUAUGAUUACCAACAGAAUUUUCUUUUGAGUUCAUUAAGUAUUCCUUGAAAUCCAGCGUUAGGAAAAGAAAACCUAUAUAAUCUUAAUUUUCUACAAAAGUAAAAAUGGAAAAGUAUCUUUAAAUUGUGGUAUAUAUUCAGGAACAAUACAUACUGAACAGGCUGUGGAUAAUUAACAUUCUCACCAUGUACUAUGACUUUUUUUUUUUUUUUUUUUUUGGUACAGGGGAUUGAACUAAAGGGGCACUCAACGACUGAGCCAGCCCUAUGUUUUGUAUUUUAUUUAGAGAAAGAGUUUCCUGGAGUUGCUUAGCACCUGUCUUUUGCUGAAGCUGGCUUUGAACUUGCAAUCCUCCUGCCUCAGCAUCCCGAGCUGCUGGGAUUACAGGCAUGCACAACUGCACCCGGCCUGUGACUGCCUUCUUAAUACCUUAUUCAAUAUAUAUUUCAGAAGUGCUUCAUGAAUGUAGAAUUAUCAACAUUUCUACCAUAUAUGUUCAUAAAUGAAGCACAGAUGUUCAAACUGUGAUAUUAUUUUUUCACUGAUGUAUCAAUAUGUUUUCAAAUGUUAUGAAUGUCAAUAGUUUAUUAAAGACAACUGACUUGUGCUAAUGAUGCAUAGACUGGGAAAAAAGCAGAACAUUAAGAAAUUGAUUUCAUUAAAAACAGUUUUGUAAAAUUAGCCUCAAGUUCCAGUUUCCUGUUAUAUGAGAUGACUUACAUUUUCAAAAUAGAAAUUGUUGGACAUAUUUAUGAGAACUUUCAAGAAGACAAGAAUGUUAUAUUAAUUUUUAAAACUUGAUAGCUCUCUCUAGUUUCUGUGCAAAAGUCUAUUGACAGAGCAUAAUAAAUACUGGUUUCUGUUAAUGAAAGCCUACAUUGACAAGUUCAGUAUUCAGAACAAUCUAUUUUUUUUUUUUUUUUUUUUGGUACUGGGGAAUCAAACCCAGGACCUCAUACAUACUAGGCAAGCACUCUACCACUGAGCCACAUUCCUAGGCUGACAACAAUCUUAAUAUAAUAAAAGUAUAGAUACAAAUUCAGUAGUUAUCUUGAAUCCAAUAAAAUAAUUUGAAACAUAUUUUGUUUUAAGAUACCUUAAACUUGAAAAUGACAUAAAAGUGAAAAGGUUUUUAACAUUUAUAAGAAUUUACAUUUUUGAAUAGCACUUAUUUCCUAGAUGGAAUUUUUUUGUACUAUUUUUUUCUCAAGAGUAAAUUAAUUAUAUCAUUAUACUUUUGUUUGGGAGAAAGUAGUUGUAAAAAUCCUUUCAUUACUAUUUAAUAUUAUUCAGGGAUAUGUAUGUUUAUAUAUAAAAUAAUGAACUUUUCUCAAGAGAUGAUAUACCUAACAACCUAAGAAAUGAAAAUAAAGAUAGGCAUUCAAGGCACAACUUCUAGUACCAAAAUCUAUAAGUGCAUCAAAUGUCAAAUGCCCAUGUUGAAAGGCUCAUGCAGUUUACUGCAGGAUUACCUACCCACCCUUCUGCAAAGCUGACCCUGCUUUAGAAAUAGUUUUCACUAGCUUAGUUUUCUGGUACCUAACCUAGAGCAGAUUAAGUCCUACAAAUUCAAGGAAGCUUGUGAUAGUAAUCUGACCACUAUUUAUAAACAAGAAUUUCCAGAUUUUCCUUUUUUCUUCAUUCCCUCCCUUACUCAGUAUAUAACCUCCUCUAAACUUUGGAGGUAAAUGGAAUGACCUUAGCCAGGCCUAGAAACCCAUACUGGUUAUCCCAGCAACUCAGGAGUCUGAGGCAGGAGGAUCACAAGUUCAAGUCCAGCCUAGACAACUUAGUGAGACCCUGUCUCAAAAAAAUGAAAAGGACUAGAGAUGUAGCUUAGUGACAGAGCACCACUGGGUUCAAUCCCCAGUACUGGGGGUGGGGGAGAAUGACUUUCCUUGAGGGAACUAUUAGUUCAUCCAAGGUUUAUGUAGCUAUGUGCUCUACCCUAACAAUACAGGAAAUAAGAAAGGUAACAGAAAACCUGCAUAUGUAACUAAAGCAAGAACUGACAGCUGGCAGUUAAAUGUGACUAAAUAAAUAACAAGAUGAUGGUUUUUAAAAAAUAGAUAUGCUAGUUUAUCUACUGUAGGGGAAAUACCCAUCUUGGUAAAUCUUUUGGAUAUUGCAUUCUUAAUUAGGAGUAUUAAUGAAAGAACAUUGUCAUAUUAUGCAUGGUCUGCUUUAUAGUUUAAAAAGGCAUGUUGUGAGCUAGGGAUGUAGCUCACUAGUAGAGUGCUUGCUUAGAAUUUGCAAGGCCCCUUGGUUAGAUCCCCCACAUAUCUCUCUCUCUCUCUCUCUCUCUCUCUCUCUCUCUCUCUCUCUCUCUCUCACACACACACACACACACACACACACACACACACACACACAUUGGGGAAAAGACAAAGAAGAAGAAGGCAUGUUCUGCAUUAUUCCAUCCAUGGUAGUUAAAGUAACACUUUUAGACUUUAGAAGGAUAAAUGCCAUUUGACUGAAGAACAUUUAUGUAGAAUGCUUCAUUCCUGUGCAACACUGGAUAAGCUGUUAUUAUAUUACAUUUUGACAAUGGUCUGUGCCUUGGUUUUUCGUUAAUCCAAAUCAAUCUGAACCCUUCAAAAUGAGAAUGAAACUUGCCACUUUUACCAGUGUGCUGUGAUAUUUUAGUAACUUUUCAAAGGUAAUUAAGGAAACAUGAAACUUAUCAUAUGUAUCAAUAUUGUAAUAUGAAUUGUAAUCCAUUCUGAUAUCAGUCUUAUGCUGCUGUAUCUACUGGGCAAAUGUCAUUUAUAUCUCUGUGUGCCAAGAAAAUAAAAUGUUUUCUAAAGGA